CGGUGUCGAGCCCCUCCUGUCUAAGCUAGCUAGACGUCCCCUAACUCGGGCCCACGCUUGUAAAUCAAAUCUCUUUCGAAGUGGAAACAAAAAAGCGCCCCUUUGACAUUCAUAGAAAAUGGUUUCGUUACUCUCCGCCAUGUCAGUCAGCUUCCAUCGUGCCGAGCGAGCUAGCAGCGUUAGCAUCGACAUUGCCGCACGAGCGCCGCCGCGUAAUGUUAGCUCCGUUCGGUAGCUAUGUGUUACGUUCGCCGUUUCCAUGGUGUCGGUGCCUUCGCGAAUCGCUCGCUCAUCGUUAGCCACUCGGUUCCCGUCUUCGGCGAGAAAUGUAAGCUUUUAAUUAGUGCUCCGUGUCCCACAGGGGGCUGAUGAGGGUUUACUUCGUGUUUUGUGGAGGUUUAGCGGCGCUGCGUGUUAAAGGCCUAGCAGCCGUCUGUUAGCCAACGUGAGCGGGUGGGAGGGAACAGCUGUUGUUGUAAACGUGCUUCCGACCAGGAAAUUUCCUCUGUCGGAUUUUUGAACUAGUAACCUUCACUUUAGCAACUUUAGCACGGCGAAACCGUUUUCAUGUUCGUGCUCGUAAGUUCAACAUAUUUACAAUAGAAGUUGUUACCUCGACAUUGUUUUUGGAUGUUUGCUUUUUUUUUAAAUAAGCCUUGUAAAGUAGCCAGAAAUGGCCACUUGUAGUAGCGCGAAGUUGGUUUAGUUUAUAGAAACACGCGGUGGAUGAAUGACUAAUGUUUUUACUCAGUUGCAGUCCCUGCUACUACUUUUUGUUCAUAGCUUUUGUUUAUUGAUGCGUUUGCAAUGAACAAUGACCAUAGUUGACAGAUCUUCAGAAAAGUCUGACCACGAGUCAGUCGGGUGUAAGCGAUCUCCCUUCACCAGUGGAGACGUGGGGAUGGACGGCAGCUGUUCCAGCAGCUGGGCAGUUGGUCCCACCAUGCCCAGUGACUCUCCGAGGCUGAAGGCUCCCGGAGGCUGCCUGGGCCCAACGCCUGGAGCUGUAGUCUACAACAGUACACCAUCCUCUGUGGACAGGCCCAAGGAGCAAGUGAUAAGCAGUGAUGACGGCAUCGACUUGCCCCAGAAGGUCCUCUUCCCUCCAGAGCGGCUUAACCUAAAGUGGACCCAGGUUCACCGCAUUGGUGCAGGCCUGCAGAACAUGGGGAACACCUGCUUCCUCAACUCAGCCCUGCAGUGUCUCACCUACACCCCUCCGUUUGCCAACUUCAUGCUGACACGGGAACACUCCAAAACAUGUCACGAGCCGGGGUUCUGUAUGAUGUGUACCAUGCAAAACCACAUCAUUCAGGUUUUUGCCAACUCUGGGAAUGUCAUUAAGCCCAUUGGUGUGCUCAAUGAGCUCAAAAGGAUUGCAAAGCACUUCCGCUAUGGAAGCCAAGAGGAUGCCCAUGAGUUCCUGCGGUACACAGUGGAUGCUAUGCAAAAGUCCUGCUUACCUGGAACCAAAUUGGACAGGCAAACACAGGCAACCACUUUCAUCCAUCAAGUAUUCGGCGGGUAUCUAAGGUCCAGAGUCAAAUGUUUAAACUGCAAAGCAGUGUCUGAUACAUUUGACCCUUUUCUGGAUAUUACUCUUGAAAUUAAGACGGCUCCCAGUGUCUCCAAGGCUCUGGAGCAGUUUGUGAAGCCAGAACAGCUGGAUGGAGAAAACGCCUACAAAUGCACCAAGUGCAAAAAAAUGGUCACUGCCUCAAAGAGAUUUACCAUCCACCGCAGCGCCAACGUGCUCACCCUCUCACUCAAACGUUUUGCAAACUUCAGUGGAGGAAAAAUCACAAAGGAUGUGAAAUAUCCAGAAUACCUGGACAUUCGGCCCUUCAUGUCUCAGUCCCAAGGGGAGCCCCAGGUCUACGGACUAUAUGCUGUGCUGGUCCACUCUGGAUUCAGCUGUCAUGCUGGACACUACUUCUGCUAUAUUAAGGCAAGCAAUGGGCAGUGGUACCAGAUGAACGACUCCUCUGUGUCUGUCAGUGACAUCAGGUCUGUUCUCAACCAGCAGGCCUAUGUCCUUUUCUACAUCAAGUCCAGUGAUCUGAAGAAAACAGGGGACUACAGCCACAUGAGCCAUAAUCCAGGUAUCCCUGGUCAGUCGUCUCCGCGACCGGUGGUGAUACCACGCAUCAACCCCACUGUCCACCACAACAACAACAGCUUCAUUGGUCCCCAGCUGGCACCACACAUGACCAAGAGCACUCUCCAUGUGAAUGGGAAUGGGUCUCUGAGGGACUAUCCCACCAACUCCAAGCCCAGCACCAGCAGCAGUGUUGUGGGAAAAUCUAGCCAUGGACUGGCAUCCUCCUCCUCUUCUUCAAUCUCCCACUCAAUCAGCAGACCCACAAUGAUCCCAGACCAUGACAAACGCCAGAAGCUUUCAUUUUUCAUUGGACAAGGCAAACAGAACCGCCCAUCCUCCUCCACGUCCUCUUACAGCCAGCCGUCCUCCGCCAGCAGCAGCAGCGCCUCUUCCAGCUCUUUAUCCUCCUCACAGUCUACCUCAGACGUCCACUCAGACAUUCGCUUUGUUCCACGUCAGCUCAACCACGUUAACGGCACGCCUUGCAGCAACGGCAAUCGCCACACUGGAGGGAAUGGAGCAUCAUUCCUGGUGCCAUACAGCCAGGAGUCAUCAGAGGAAUCAGACCAGGAGAACUGUGGCACUCUGGAUAACGGCUGUUUAACAAAGUCUCACCUCAAUGGAAACAACAGAACAGGAGAGGUCUUUGAUAAAUGUCCUCAGGCCACCAAUGGGGAAUCAGGAGUGCACCAUAAUGGCAAUGGAUUAAAUGGACCAACGAAUGGUGUCUCUAAAUCUAGUCAAAAUGGACACCAUUAUGGACAUCACAAAGUGAAUGGACACAACACCCCUAACAAAAUCAAUGGCAGUAAUCAUGGCAGUUCAUCCUCCGUGGCUACUGUUGCUGCUAAUGGACUAGACCGCGACCAUAGUCAAACAAGCAAAGAGGCACAUAAUUCUGCCUCAUCCCAGGCCAGUUCUUCUCAGAGCAUCCAUCCUGCUGCCAGUGAAAGCCAGCACCUCUCCACUCCUGACACAAGGGCUAAAACUGUGUCUGAACCCCUGCCUCAGCAUACAGCAUCCUCCGCUGUUAGCUCUCCACCCUCCGCUACUGCUACAAAGACCCAUUCUGUCACGUGUAGAGAGUCUGCUUCCUCCUCUGCCCAUCAUGGCAACAUCAAUGCGGCCUUAUCUACCCCGCCAGACUGCUCCCAAAGCACCAAUGGGGCCUCUGCAGCUCCACAAAAGGAUAGCAGAGGUGGGGAUGAAGCAAUGGAUCUACCACAGACCAGUGGUCCGUCUGCAGGGACUGAAAGGCGUACAGAUACUAAGGAGCAACACCUGUCCAAGCCCAGUUCUAGAGGCAGUGAAAAACAAUCUUCCCGGGACAGGGAGAGAGACAGACUGUGCUCUGACUGGAGCAGAGACAGGGAGAGACACUAUAGGGACAGGAGUCAGGAGCGAGAAAGUGACGGUGAUCGCCAUCGGUACAGACGGGACUACAGAGAUCACCGCCACCAUCGCUCAUACAGGGAUCGCUUGUCUCCUCACAAUCGUUCCUACAGGGACUGGGAGCCUGAGCGUCGCUGGGAGCGGACUCUCCCUCACCCAAGGGAGCGUGAUCGUGACAGGUGCUCUAACCAUUACCACCACUAUCACCACCACCGGUUCAGAGAGGACUGGGACCGUGGACAGAGGGGACAUGGUUACUCCUCCCGCGAGGAGUCUCAUAGUCGCUGGAGGGGGCAUGAGGACAGUCGAGAUUCUCGGUCGAUGAAGGACAAGAGCAACGGCAGGGAGAAGGACUAUUACCCAUCAAAGGAGGAGACCUCCUCGCAUGCCACGGUGCAGGAAACCUCCGCAAAGCCCAAGGGAUCAGCCCCUCAGGCUCGUCUCUCCACGUUUGAAUUGGCUCCAAACAAGGAGGAUGAAAAUCACAAGAGGACCGCUGAACUACCGAGCAAGGAGAGGGACGAUAGCUCUGAGGCCCGUCGCUCUAAAAAACACAAAAAGAGCAAGAAAAAGAAGAAGUCAAAGGAUAAAGACAGACACCAUGAGAGCGGAAGCUCUGAUGUGGAUUCAGACCGAGCCACUGAAACAAAAAAGAAGAAGAAAAAGAGGAGGCAGCGGGACAGUGACGCCGAGCAGCACAGCCCGGGGGCAGCUCGGAGCCACAAGAACAGAAGCAGCGAGGAGAGGGAGAGCCGCAAGAGACGAUACUAUGAAAUCAAGGACACUAAACACAACAGUGGUUUGUCGCCAGAAAAACGGCGGCGAACAGACUGCGCUGAUGGCAGAAAUGACCAUUUACUGUCCUCCAACCACACCUCACCCACAAACGGUUCAGUGCACCGCCAUCUCAAUGGAUACACAGGAAACGGUUACAGCCAAACCAAUGGCGACUCCCACGGACUCUCCAGUGGCUCGAAACACUGACUCUACACAUCAACAUUUUAACAACAGCAGAGGAAUGACAUCAACAACGGUUUGACGUGGUGCUUCUUCAUUGGGAAUAUAUUGUAUUUUUACCACAGCUAAAGUGUUUUAAAUGUUUGAAAAUCUUCUUUUUUUUUAAAAAAGGCAUUGAUUUAUUUGCCGUAAUUCUCCUAUGGUUAAAAAAAACAUUCACCUGUCCAACAUUUAUGAUGAUAAAUAUUAAUAUAUACUUGUAUGAACACAAACAAAGCCUGGAGCUUAAACAUCUCAACUGCUGCUCAGUGGAACUCAGGACUUGAAAACUUGUUAACAUCCAUCAUGGAUAUCCACCUGCUUCAAAUCAGAAAGAAACAAAAGGGAAAUGUGUUGCCUAAUGACGAUGGCACCAUGUUGGCUGCAAGCUUAAGAUGUCACCAUAUCUACAGAGCCGCAAUGUUGGAGAUUUUUUCUUGGAUCCCACUGGGAGCGGACAAACUAACUGAGGGAGAUAUUCAUGAAUGAGACGGACGAGCGCAGUGGUGGGAACAAGGCUUCGCUGACUGAUACCUCCACGUUAACCCUGGACAGACUUGAGGACAUUUCCCAGCUUUUUUUUGUUUUUGUUUGUUUCCAUUUUUGCUCUGAAGCCUAAGAUUCACUCUGUAAUUUUUAAACUUUUUCACAGAAGCAGAGGUUUUUCUCUGGAUUAUGCCUCUCCCUCCUUUUGUCACAUUCUUUUUCUUUUUAAACGUUUAAAAAGAAAGCAUCAAAAAUUUGUUAUCAUGGCUGUGGACCAUUUGUGUUUGCUUUUUAAUGAAAAAAUACAGUUUGUGUCUUCUAGCGUCAUAAGAAAUACUGUGAAUUUAAUUUUUGAACUGUACUAUCAGUUAUUUUUAUACAUAAAAAUCCUGUAUCAGGGUUACCAGUAGAUGUUUUGUUGUUUUGCUUUGUUUUUAGAAAAAGUCAAGUUAAUUUUGACCAUAUUCUCUGGACAAAAGUCAGUAAUGGGUAUGGUUUGCUUUUUUUUUUUUUCUUUUUUUUCCCCCAACUUUAGACAGAGGUUGAAAAACUGCUGUUAUAUCUUUUUAGUUUAGCAUGUCAGAAUUUAUACAUUGUAUAAGGUAAACGCCUUAAAAUACAUUUGUUACUGUCAGAAAUUGUAAUCUGUUCCUGGUCUUUGACUUUGUUUACAAGCUGCGUUGAAAUGAAUGAAAAAUGCUGAUUGAAAUGA